GCUAUCAGCAUUGUGCUGUGAGCAGAUCACCACUGCCUGUGUUGUUUAGCAGCUGUCAGCGACGCCAGCGCCUCCACAUUUAUGUUUGCGGGCGGCGUGUGUUUGUGUGGGGGUUUCUAACAGCAGCUUGGUUUGUCAACAUGCCUAAAGGAGGUAAGAAAGGUGGCCACAAGGGCCGCAUGCGGACCUACACCAGCCCCGAGGAGAUUGACGCACAGAUGAAGGCAGAGAAGGAGAGGAAAAAGCAAGAGCAGGAGGACGCCGAGGGUGCAGCUCAAAAUGAUGCAGCAGAGAAGCUUCCAGCCUCAGGAUCUGAUGACAGCGAUGAUGAUUCCUCCGAGAAGAGGAGAGGCGGCGUGGAGGGGCUGAUAGAGAUCGAGAACCCCAACAGAGUGGCUCAGAAAUCCAAGAAGGUGACGCAGAUCGAGUUGGAUGAGCCCAGGCAGUUAUCAAGGAGAGAGAGGGAAGAGAUUGAGAAGCAGAAAGCGAAGGAGCGCUACAUGAAAAUGCACUUGGCAGGGAAAACGGACCAGGCCAAAGCCGACCUCGCUCGCCUCGCCAUAAUCAGGAAACAGAGAGAGGAGGCGGCGAGAAAGAAAGAGGAAGAGAAGAAAGCAAAAGAAGCAGCGGCAGCAGCGGCUAGAGGAAUAAACUCCCUGUCCCUGAAAUGAUGCAGAGUUUAUUUAUCAGAAGCAUUUUCACACAUUCAUGGACUGGCGCAAAAAAAAAAUAUAUUUGACUAUUUUUAAAGGAAAAGCUAUGAAGAGUAUUUCACUUACUGUAACAUAUGACCAUUUGGGAAAUGGCUGAGGAGAGACCCAUGGAAAGGGGUUGUGUAUAUUUUGGCAUGGAAUGAUGGCUUUGUUGCUACUCCAAGGACGUAAGGCUUCAAAUGAGAAUACACCAGUCUUCGCUUACACUUGGAAUGACCCCUUCUAACCUUUAACCUUGUACAUGAUAUUGAUACGUGGUAUACUCAUCAUGGUAGACCUCCAACUUUGCUAAAUGAGCUUUGCCACUGUUUUUUUUCCUUUUUGUUGGGAUCUUACAUUGUAUAUAACUGAAUCAUGGAAAUAUUUCAGAUUAAUAUUAUGAAACCAGUAAAGCCUGUGUCUGUU